AUGUUCGCUAAUAGCGUCAAUCGCGUUUCGGUUAUUUUCAUUGAAAUGUAUCACGUGGCGCUGCUAACAACGCUUUUGGCUGUCGGCAGCUUGGCGAAUCCUCAACUGUUGGAGCAGCUGCGGCAACUGGGAUUUGCUAAUCUUCUGGAGCUGGCAUUACAUCCCAAUGUGCCUCAGCAUCUAGCCAGCUAUGAUUUUAUAGUCGUUGGAGCUGGAGCAGCUGGCUGCACUUUGGCUGCGCGUCUCUCCGAGAAUCCCAACUGGCGUGUGGCCCUCAUUGAAGCUGGCGGGGUGGAGAGCUUGGCACAUUUAACGCCAGUUCUGGCCGGGCAUCUGCAGUUGACCGCCUCCAAUUGGAACUACAAGUCCGUGCCACAGCGUCUCGCCUGUUUCGGCAUGCAUAAUCGGGAAUGUGCCCUGCCAAGAGGUAAAGUCUUAGGAGGCACAAGUUCCAUUAACUAUAUGAUCUACAAUCGUGGCAAUCGAAGGGAUUUUGAUGUCUGGGCGGAGCGGGGAAAUCGUGGCUGGAGUUAUGACGAUGUCUUGCCCUAUUUCCUGCGCAGUGAGUCGGCUCAGUUGCAGGGAUUGGAACAAUCGCCGUAUCACAAUCACAGUGGACCACUCAGUGUGGAGGAUGUACGCUUCCGCACACAGAUGGUGAAUGCUUUUGUGGCUGCCUCGGUGCAAGCGGGACAUCCUCGCACCGACUACAAUGGGCAAUCUCAGCUGGGCGUGUCCUAUGUCCAGGCAACCACAAUUAAUGGACGGCGUCACAGCGCCUUCUCUGCCUACAUUCGUCCCAUUCGCAAUCAACGCUCCAAUCUGCACAUUUUCCCCUUUUCCCGUGUGCAUCGUGUGCUCAUCGAGGAUGCCACAAAAUCCGCCUACGGCAUUGAGUUCGUUUACAGAAAGAAGAAGUAUGUCUUUAAGGCACGCAGGGAAGUUAUUCUCUCGGCGGGUGCCUUCAACUCGCCACAGCUAUUGAUGCUCUCGGGGAUUGGGCCAGAGGAUAACCUAAAGGCCAUUGGGAUUCCCCUUGUGCAGGCAUUGCCCGUGGGUAAACGUCUCUACGAUCACAUGUCCCACUUUGGACCUACCUUUGUGACCAAUACAACGGGACAGACACUCUUUCCCACACGUGUGAGCAUUCCGGAUACGUUGUCCUUCCUCUUGGCUGGCAAUCCAGCGACACGUAUAAGCUCCAUUGGCGGAGUGGAGGCUUUGGCAUUUCUAAAAUCACCAAGAUCGGAAUUACCAAAGGAUUGGCCAGAUCUUGAACUGAUCCUGGUGGCUGGCAGUCUCGCCAGUGAUGAGGGUACAGCGCUUAAGCAAGGCGCCAACUUCAAAGACGAGGUCUAUGAGAAGCUUUUUAGGCAAUUGGAAAGAGCCCAACAGGAUCAUUUCACGAUUCUCGUAAUGCAAUUUCAUCCCAAAUCUGUGGGUCGCCUGUGGCUGCGUGAUGCAAAUCCAUUAAGUUGGCCCAAAAUCGAUCCCAAGUACUUUAUAGACCCAGAGGAUGUGGAGUAUCUGUUGGAUGGAAUCAAGGAAUCCAUACGGAUUUCAAAGAUGCCAGCACUUCAAGCAAUUGGCACUAGACUUUUGGAUAUUCCAGUCCCUGGUUGUGAGAGUCAUCGAUUUGCAUCCGAUGAUUAUUGGAGAUGUUCGAUACGAACCUUGUCAUACACAUUACAUCAUCAGGUUGCCACCUGCCGCAUGGGACCGGCAAGUGAUACUACAGCCGUGGUUAGUCCCCAGCUGAAGGUGCAUGGCAUGCGACGACUCCGUGUCGUGGACACCAGUGUCAUCCCAUUGCCACCCACGGCACACACAAAUGCGGCGGCCUUCAUGAUCGGCGAGAAGGCAGCCGACCUCAUAAGGGCCGAAUGGAAUUGAGGGCCAAGUAAGAACUUAGAGAAAUUCUAUGGGUAUGGCGGAAUAGGGAAAUCGAUGGGAAAGGAGUGCUUCAAACUUGUUAUUUGCUUGGGCAAGUUAAUUAAAUGAAAUCGCCUAACGAGCCUGGGAGCAAAGUUGGGGGUUGGCCAGAGUCAGAGUCCAAGUCUGAGCCUGAGCUGCCGCAGAGUGCAUUCACCCAGUCCCAAGGCACAAGGGUUGAAACAACAA